GGAGGAUCUACUACUACCACUGCAACAACAUCGUCGAUAACAACCUUCCAAUACUUAAUACUCACCUAUACUUACCUAGAGUUGCAACGUCAGACGCCCUCACUUGAGAACAUGUCGACGCUCACAACUCUCCUCCAAACAAGCUCAAUAAUCACAUCCCUCCUUGCAGCCGGAGGCAUCGCAACCCUCACCUUUUUCGUCGUCCCCAUCCUCCAAUCCCAACCCACCUCGCGGUCCCUACCCGCAAUGCGAUGGCUCUUCAGCCGGGGCUCACACGUCUUCCCCACCGCAGCACUCAUUUCAGCCGCUGGGUUUGGCGCCCUCGCCCUCCAGUCUCUUCCCCUGGUCUCGUGGCGGCAGCUGUGGAGGGAGGUGGCGACCUUGGGGAUCAGGGCUAUGAGUGCCAGGGCGCCUGGGUAUGCUGCGGCGGCCUUGCUAUGCCUGAGCAUCGGGCCGUACACAGGCGUGGUCAUGCUGCCCAACAAUUUUGCCUUGAUCAAGUUGAACGCCGACGAGGGCGGCUCGAGGAGCGCCCACAGCGCUGAGGUUCGCUCUCCAUCGGGCGCAGCAACAGGAAAGGAGGAGAAGAGCGCCUUGGGCUCCGUCGAGGGGGAGGGUGAAGCGGAUGAGUUCAAGGACCUGAGCGGGCCGCAGGAGAAGACGAGGAGAGACGGUGGUACGGGAGCGAAUGACGAGAAGGUAAGGGCGAUGUUGGGGAAAUUUGGGCGACAGAAUCUGGUCAGGGCGGUUCUGAUGGGAUCUGGAGGGAUGCUGGGACUUCUCACUGCACUGAUGUGAGGAGCAUUGGACUUGCUGCUGGAGGGAACCGAUUCAACUUGAGCCCGCACGGCGGGUUUGGUUUGUGAUCUUUUGAUUGGGGGGUCUCCGCUCGUCCGAGAGCACAAUGUGUGGACAGGGACAUUUGCAUCUGCAAUACAACAUAAUGCUCUAUAUGAGUUUGUGUUAUGCCACUAUUCUCAGGUACGCUACUCGCACGAUGGAAGAGGUGUGGCAGCAAAACAAGAACAUCAACGAUAGAAUGAAUUCCAAGUAGAUGGCAAGGCACUAUUGAUGAUC